AUGGCCCGCCGUCCCGCCCGUUGCUACCGCUACUGCAAGAACAAGUCUUGCGCACUGGAGAAGGAGAGAAGGGAGGAAACUCCGCGUCAAGAGGACUGCGAUGAUCUUCGCCUUGAAAACAGCCUGUGUGCGAUGGACAUACGGCACAUUUUGUUGGAAUGGGAUGCGGGCGUCGUCGCGGGCGAUAAUCCGUACCCCAAGUCUCGGUUCAACCGUGGUGUCCCCGACCCCAAGAUCCGUAUCUUCGAUCUCGGUCGCAAGAAGGCUAACGUCGACGACUUCCCUCUCUGCAUCCACCUCGUCUCCAACGAGUAUGAGCAGCUGAGUUCCGAGGCCCUCGAGGCCGCUCGUAUCUGCGCCAACAAGUACCUCGUCAAGGUUGCCGGCAAGGAAGGUUUCCACCUCCGUGUCCGCGCUCACCCCUACCACGUCGUCCGUAUCAACAAGAUGUUGUCUUGCGCCGGUGCCGAUAGACUUCAGACUGGUAUGCGUGGUGCCUGGGGCAAGCCCAACGGCACUGUUGCCCGUGUCAACAUUGGCCAGAUCAUCAUGAGCGUCCGCACUCGUGACUCCAACAAGGCCACCGCCCUCGAGGCCCUCCGCCGCUCCCAGUACAAGUUCCCCGGUCGCCAGAAGAUCAUUAUCUCCAAGAACUGGGGCUUCACUCCUCUCCGCCGCGACGAGUACCUCGACAAGAAGGCUGCUGGCCGCGUCAAGGUCGACGGUGCCUACGUCCAGUUCCUCAGCAACCACGGUUCGCUCAAGGAGAACAUGAAGCGCUUCCCCGACGCUUUCGCCUCUGAGGCUUAA